AUGACGUCGCAAACGAACUGGAUAGUGCAAAAAUUCGGAGGAACCAGUGUGGGUAAGUUCCCAGAACAAAUUGUCGAUGAAAUCGUCAAAGUCUACACCACCCAGCUCAAAAACAACGUGGCAGUUGUGUGCUCUGCACGCUCCAGUGAUACCAAGGCCGAAGGUACCACUUCCAGGCUGCUGAGGGCCUGCGACAUGGUGUGCAAUAACGACUCGAGCUUCUCCGAAGUGGUGCGAAUAGUGAGAGACGACCACAUCGACAACGCCAAAAAACGCAUUUCUGAUGUAAAAUUGCAGGAAAAACUCAUCAGCGACACCGUGAGCGAGUUGGAGACCGUGGAGAAGUAUUUGAACGCCUCGUUGGUUCUGAACGAAGUUUCUUCGAGAACCAUGGACCUAGUCAUGUCGUGCGGUGAGAAACUCAGUUGUCUGUUCAUGUCCGCUCUCUGCAACGACCACGGUGUGCCCUCGGAGUACGUGGACUUGUCUAACGUCAUUCCACAGGGCUACGAAUGCCCCGAAGGCACCCUAGACGCAGGAUUCUACAGCUUUUUGGUCAAGGCUUUCAAAAGCCGUUUACAGCCUGUCUUGGACUCGCAUGCUCGUGGAAAGCCUGUCGUUCCGGUCAUUACAGGGUUCUUCGGUCUGGUACCCAUGGGGCUUUUAAACGGUGUUGGUCGUGGGUAUACCGACUUGUGUGCCGCGUUGAUCUCCGUUGGAUUGAACGCCGAUGAGCUUCAAGUGUGGAAAGAAGUGGACGGUAUUUUCACGGCCGACCCCCGCAAGGUCCCACAAGCCAGGCUUCUAAGCAGUGUGACCCCCGAGGAAGCAUCAGAAUUGACCUAUUACGGUUCCGAAGUCAUUCACCCAUUCACAAUGGAACAGGUUAUCAGGGCUAAAAUCCCCAUCAGAAUCAAAAACGUUCAGAAUCCCAGAGGUGACGGCACAGUCAUCUACCCAGACAAUGUCGCCAAGAAAGGCGAAGCGACCCCACCACACCCACCUGUCGCUCUGAGCAGUUCCUUCUUCGAGCACAAAAGAAGAGGUGCCACUGCCAUCACCAGCAAAAACGAUAUUGUUGUUGUUAAUGUUCAUUCCAACAAAAAGACAUUGUCGCACGGUUUCCUUGCGCAAAUCUUUAGCACUCUGGACAAGUACAAACUGGUAGUCGAUUUGAUCUCGACGUCUGAGGUGCACGUUUCCAUGGCCCUACCUGUACCGGACCUGGAUUCAUCCAAAUCUUUGAAGAAAGCCGUGGAAGAGUUGAAGAAGGUUGGUACCGUGGACUUGACCAAGAAGCUGGUUAUCAUUUCCCUGGUGGGUAAGCAAAUGAAGCAGUUCAUUGGUAUUGCUGGAACCAUGUUCACCACUCUUGCGGAACAAAAUAUCAAUAUCGAGAUGAUAUCGCAAGGUGCCAAUGAAAUCAAUAUCUCGUGUGUCAUUGACGAAGAAGACGCAAUCAAAGCAUUGCAAUCGAUUCACGGUAAAUUGUUAGAUCCGGAGGCUACUGAAACCAGCUUGGGGAAAGCGGUCAACGAGAAAUUGGAACAGAUAAAGAGACUUGAAUUGUAA